AUGGCCGCAAAGCGUCCCCGCGCGACCUUUGAGGCCGAUCAGGCUGACUUGCGACCCCCAUACGCUCUCUACGGCACGCCAUUACCCCCAUUAGACUCAGCCGCGCGCGAUGAUGGCUCGUACAUGCCGGUUUGGAAGCAAGAGGUGACCGACGAGCGGGGGAGGAAACGCCUCCAUGGCGCCUUUACUGGUGGCUUUAGUGCAGGUUACUUCAACAGCGUUGGCUCAAAAGAAGGAUGGACCCCGGCCACUUUCGUCUCCUCCCGCCAAAAUCGCGCCCGCGAUGCGAAAGAUGCGAAACAACAAUCCCAGCAACGACCCGAGGACUUCAUGGACGAAGAGGAUUUGAGGGAGCAAGAGGAGUCACGAAAUUUACAAACCGCGGAGGGGUUCGCUGGAUUUGGUUCCACAGACACAGAUCCGACCCGACGGACAGGGCUCAUGGACUUGCUCAAGACCGGUGGCGAAACAAUGGGUGUUAAACUACUGAAGAGAAUGGGCUGGCGUGAAGGCCAGGGAAUCGGUCCCAAAGUACGACGCAAGGCAGACCUCGGCGAUACCUCAGCUCGUGGCGGCGAGGGGACCGACAAGACAUAUCUCUUCGCACCUGAGAACCCAAGGAUGGUCUCUUUUGUCCGAAAGUCCGAUAACAAAGGCCUGGGUUUUGCAGGAGAGUCGCGACUGGCAGCUCAGGAAACUUCACAAGAGGAACCCGAAGAGUUAGAUUCGUUCUUCGGUGGCCGUCUUGCCGACCAAACGAAAUCCGCCAAAUUACCCAAGGCCAAACAACCGCGCCGAGGGGGCCUCGGAGUCGGCAUUCUCAAUGACACUGGAUCCGAUGACGAAGACCCCUACUCUCUAGGGCCUCAAAUCUCUUAUAAUAAAACCAUUGGUGGGGAUAAAAAGAAGAAGAAGAAAGGCAAAGCAGACGAAGCGAAACCUACAAUUGGCUCCUCCAACCCCCUACUUGGCGAAAAACCUGUCUUCAUUUCCAAAAAAGUUGUUGCAGCUCGAGGAGCUGGAGGUUUCAGAAAAUGCCGUGAUGGACGCUUACCGCUGGACGGUUUCGUCCUUGCCGAUGCUCUGUCGGGCCUAGCCAUUUCGGACAAGAGAUACGGCCCUCCCACGAUCCCUGAGGGCUGGAAGUCUGCUCAGCAACGGACAUCUAACGACCAGAAAACCUCAGAGUAUGUCUCGACGGCGGAUGCCGCCAAAUCAUCCAUACUCGAUCCUACAUCCCGAGCUGCAGUCCUAGGUGAAACCCAGCUACCUGGAAAAUCCGUUUUUGAUUGGAUGACCCCAGAGGCUCGCGAGCGGAUUGCAAAGCUCACUGGCAAUGCCAAUCUGCCCCCUGCUCUCGGUGAGGGUGCUCCGAAGGGCUAUGAGAUGUCAGACUCGCAAAAACGAAAAGACCUAUGGGAUCUAGUUCCAAAGCUGGACAAACAGACAGCUGUCCAGGCCUUAACUCGGGCUGUCAGCGGAUGGAUGCCCUACUCGGAAGACGAAGAGAAACGAGGUCGAUAUCGCAAUUUCCUCGAAGUUCGGGCAGAGAUACGCGACACUCUCCCGGUCAGGUUGCCAGGGUCCAGCACCGAUGAGUGGGUCAACGAGAUGCAAGAGUUUGCGCGUGCCGCGGAGGUCUUUAAACCCAUGUCUAAUAUCAUGGCGUCCCGGUUCACAUCAGCUUCCUCGGGGCCUAAAGUUGCUUCAGAUGCGCCCGACUCCAAUGACGAUCCACUGAGUCGGCCCAAUGAGAAACCGGACGACCCAGCCGUGGCAGCUGCUAAGAUUGGCAUGUUCGGACCAAUGACCCGAAGCACUACGUCCUUCUACCCAUCGCGUCUUCUUUGCAAGCGAUUCAAUAUCAAGCCCCCAUCACACGUCCAACAAGAUCCUGGGGAACAACCAACAGAUUUUGGUUCUGGGUCACGCUUCCCGUCUGGCGGUCCUCAACCCGACACCAAGGCCAGGGAGCUGAUAUCACAGGACGUGAUGGAUAUGAUAAUGGCGGAAUCUGGCCUUCAACCUUCUCCUAUCAACUCUGGAACAACAGGGCAAAUCCUAGAACAAACCAGCGUCCCUGCCCCUCCUCCGGUUGUAGAGCCCGAACGUAAUGAUGCGCUCGAGGCUGAGCGACCGGGCGAUGAUGUCUUCAAGGCCAUUUUUGGCAGUGACGAUGAUGAUGAUGAUGAGGACGAGGACUAA